CUCCCUUGACCUUAAACCCCUUCUCUUUAUAUAUAUUUGACCCCGUUGCCUCUCUUUUCAGAUUCCUCUUCAAAUUAAAUUUCAACAACUCUCGUCAAAAACUCAAAACCAACUCUUAUUCUUAUUUCCCCCAAAACAGUUCCCCACAUGGGAGAGAAAACAGAUCAGCCAAAGAAUGACACGGAGAAGAAGACCGAAGGCGGAGGGAACAAAAACGACGCUCCCUCCCCUGUCGUAUUGAAGCUAGACAUGCAUUGUGAGGGAUGCGUUAAGAAAAUCAAACGCGCCGUUCGCCACUUUGACGGUGUGGAAGACGUGAAGGCCGACAUCUCCUCUAACAAACUAACCGUCUUCGGAAAAGUGGACCCCGCUAGUGUUCGAGACAGGCUGGCCGAGAAAACCAACAAGAAGGUCGAGCUCCUUUCCCCCCAGCCCAAGAAAGACUUCCCCGCCGCCGAUAAUAAACCGCCGCCGGAGAAGAAGUCCGAUGACAAGAAACCGGAAGCCAAAAAGCCCGAAGAAAAAAAGCCUAAAGAGAGCACAGUGGCGUUGAAGAUCAGAUUGCACUGUGACGGUUGCAUUCAGAAAAUUCGCAAGAUUAUCCUCAAGGUCAAAGGAGUGGAAUCGGUGAACAUUGAAGAAGGGAAGGAUUUGGUAACCGUUACGGGAACCAUGGACGUGAAGGAAAUGGUGCCGUUCCUGAACGAGAAGCUCAAGAGGAACGUUGAGGUGAUGGGCCCACCCAAGAAAGAAGAAGAUAAAAAAAACAAAGAAGGAGGAGGGGAAAAGAAAGGGAAGAAAGAAGGUGGUGGUGGUGGUGGCGGCGGAGGAGACGGCGGGAAGAAGGCGGUGGUGGAGGAAGGUGGGACCAAGGCAGUGGAAAUUAACAGAAUGGAGCACUCCGGUUACGGGUACCCACCUGCUCCUAUGUAUUGGUACGAUGGGUAUGGACCUGGUCAAACUAGUACUAGCUACGCGGUGGAGGUUAACCCUUCUUCAUCAGGGGCCGGGUACCCUAAUAAUCAAGGGUACCCUUAUGAUUAUUGGGGUUAUGGAGGGAGCCAUGAUGUUAAUCAUCAUAAUAAUCAAGGGUAUACCGAGCCACCCCCUUAUUACAUGCACCCUCGUUAUCCUGCUCCUCAGAUGUUCAGCGACGAGAAUCCCAAUGCUUGUUCCCUCAUGUGAUUCAACGGCCAUUGGAUUGGAGAUUCUCACAAUUUUAGGAAAAAUAGAGUUAAUUUUUUUCUUCUUUUAUUUCAGAAUUAGAUAUACAGCGUAUACUCGAAACAUAUUAGCAGAUUGUAAUAGACACCCAAAAAAUAUUAGCAUUGUAAAUAACAAUUUUUAUAUAUAAGGAAUUGCGGCAGAAAGGUAAUUCUUCGUUCUA